CCUGCCUACACACCUAGCACAGCUACCAGCAGCCCUUCCUAGCGCACACACACACAGAGGACAGAAGGAGGUGGUGCACACACACCUCACUUCCGGCGCCUCUCCAACCUCUGCACUUCUGUCUUCCGGUCCGGGGGGAGGAUCGGCGGCGAUCAGCUGAGAGGGGGGCACGUGAUUGGACGGUGACAGCCUUCCGGGAUCAUGAGUUCUGUUUCGCCAGGGCAGGAACAUGUUCCACUUCACCAUGGACAAAAUCUCACCCUUCCACACAAUGACUAUGUGCCUUUCCAAUUUCAAGGGCUUGUCUACAAACCAGAGCUGUGCAGAAAGAAUUGUGGGUUCUAUGGUAACCCAGCAUGGCAUGGCUAUUGUUCCAGAUGCUGGAUCCAGAAGCGACAGCAGACUCAGCCGCUCACAAAUGGCUUUAGGCAUCACAAUGCACAUCUACUAUGUAAACCAGAUAUGGGUGCAGGUUAUCAACAGGACGCAUAUCACAACAUUAAUGUCAACAGAAAGCAAAAUGCCUUUCCGGAAAAUGAAGAACAUACUGCAAAAGGUUCUGUACGCCCUCUUUUCCUCUCCUACCUUCUUUCUCUGGGUCAAGGAAAUUUUUCAGACUUUCUGAAAGCCCUUCAUAGACCUGAUGCACACGAGUUACUGACACAUUGCACUAAUUUCAUUCAAAGGAUACAAAAUGCAAAUAAUCUUACAGUGGAUAAAAAAGCAGAAGAUGUUCAGACUUUAUAUAGACAAAUUGGGGACCACAUUCCUGAUACAUCAGAGGAAAAAGAUCAGUUAUUGGAUAAUAUUGAGAAACUGGUCAUGACUCGUAUAUACAAGUCGGUUUUCUGUAUGCAUGAUCCACAGGAGGAGCAAAAAGAUCUUUCACUUCAGAAUCAUAUUAGGUCACUGAGCUGGAUUACUCCUAAGAUUCUUCAGUUUUCUUUGUGUGAACAAGAUGAAGAAGUCAGUGAUCAGAUUGCCAGUGCUGUUACAGCUCUGCUAGAAAUGGAUUUUAAGAGAGCCCCCCAGGACAAGCUUGCCUGUAUGACAAAAGCCUGUGACCACCUUUUUAGGGCCAUAGAUAUUUCUACAAAGGAGCCAGCCACCACUGAUGACCUUCUAUCGGGUCUGAUCUACAUCACGAUUAAGGCAAACCCACCUCGUCUUUUUUCUAAUUUGAAGUAUAUCACAAGAUUCUGCAAUCCAAAGAGGCUAAUGACGGGAAAGUGUGCCUACUGGUUUACCAACUUUUGUUCUGCAUCCUCUUACAUUGAGACUAUGAAUUUUUCAUCUCUGGGGCUCACGGAAGAAGAGUUCAAUCAUAUAAUGCAGCAGAAAAGAUGUGACUUUGCUGGAAGUAAUAUACAGGGCACAGUGCAGAAGAUGGAGGAAAACAAGCAGCUUUUGGUGGACCUGCAGUACCGCCAGGAGGUUCUGAUCCAAAAGGCAGAGUGCCUGCUUAGAGAAAUUAAAGCUUGGCCUGUGUCUCUACAAGGUGAAGUCCAGGAACUCCUGCACAAGUUCCCUCUGGAUAUUAAGCAUCAGACAAACUAAAAGCAGUGCUUGGUCCUUGAAGAAAUGUGAACUAUUUAUGCUGCUACUGACUGGGGCUGCCUAAUGAAGGAAAUGUUUGACGUUUAUGAAACUGUCUGUUUUUCUGCAUUUUAGACUUGUUUAUUAACACUAAUACCAUUUUAUAAUAUCCCUGUUGUAAAAAAAAUCAGAGCUGAAAUGUUUAUUCUAAGCCAUAUUUAAGUUAUUAAAAUAUCUGAUCAAAUUAA